AUGGCUAUCAAGACACAGUCCACGGCUUCCAUUCUGCCCGAAAAACAGGCUCUUUUGGAUAAAAUCUUGGGCAUAGCACAAGAAGAACAACGUAGGGGCAACAAAUCAAUCACAAAGGAAAAUCUUGCUGCUCUUGAACGUCACGUCUUGGAAAGGAAACGUUUAGCUGGUGGUUCGAAAUCGAAAAAUAAACCAAGUUUACCGGUUCCAGAAGCCCCCAAACCAUUGGUGUGUCCUCUAUUUGAGAAAUACAACUUACCCAACCAGUCCACAACACCUAAUCAUAGACGAAUUCGUCGCCAGGUCAACUUGGGAUCGAAAUUCACGCUCAAAAAACUCGAAUUUAUUUUUGUUCAAGUAUUAGAAAUGGUAGCCAAUUUGCUCGAUAACCUUCAUUUGUUCCUGAAACUACCUGGAUUUCCUGAAGGAUUGGUUAAAGUGUUGCUGCAUACCAAUAAAUUGUGGGUGCUUAUAUUGGUGUUUUUGAUUAGAAAAACGGUGCUGCAACUUCUCAAUGUUAUUCGCAAGGAAAAGAAGGUGAAUGUCGAACUCAACAUCCUAUCGCAGAGUAAAAAUUCCAAGGUUUUGUUGAACUCAGAAUCACAAGAUCCUUCUAACAUCUACCGCAAGUAUGAAAAGGUGUUGAAAGACUUGCGUUUUGACAAGUCCAUGUUGGUGCUCGAACUCAUAGGUAACUUUAUGGACUUGGCAUUUAAUGUCAUUGAACUCUACGGGGUUCCAGUGCCAGACUGGUUGAUGAGCGGGUUGAAUUUUGCCAGUAUGGCCAUGACGGUUUACAGAAUGAACAAGGACGACGAAUACAUUGACGACGACAUUACCGAGGACUUGAUUUAG